CGCCGAUCGGGCGUGCCGCUGGAGGAGCCGCGGAUAAUCUGGCAAUGGACGCCAUAGCCAUGAGAUUUUAGGGUUUAUGCGCGGUAGCUAUGAGCGAGGCAUCCGUGACUCCCAGGCAGCGCGAUGGAGAUUCGCCGCGGCAUUUCUACAUCGCGGUCGAUCGGCAAGAAUUUAAAAUGAGAACUUUCUUCGAUUUGCUUGAGCACUUCUGGAAGCGAUCGGGAGUUCCUCUAGUAAUUUGCUGCAACGCGCGCGACAGCCUCGACGCAGUCUUCGCCGCCGCUGCGUCGUGUCCACACUUCCACGUAAAAUUCCUCCACAGUGAUCUAUGCGAGCACGAACGAGCGACAACGAUCGAAGAGUUCCGGCGUGCCAUGGCAGAAUGGAGGAAGAGUGAAGUAACGAUGGAGGGUGAUUCCACCAUGCCUCCAAAGCUCUUCCUCCUCCUUGUCACCGACGCUUGCCUGCCGUCCAGCACUUUUGGAGAGCAUUCCCUUCUCGCAAGAGCGCUUGUCAACUACGAUCUUCCCGUGAAAAAGGAAGCGUACUUGAGGCGUCUCGGUGCUUGUUUGAGCCCCUCCGGAGGGACACAAAGCGUCACAAAGAGUUCUACGAAUGAACCGAGCUCCAAUGGUGUCGUGCUUAACAUCGUUGUUGGUGGCGAAGUAUCCACACUUCGCAGCAUCGAGGAAGGCUGUGUCGUGAUCAUCAACGAAAUGCCAAUUAACAUCACAGAGCUGUUGUAACGAGCUCACUGGAAGAAAAACCUUUCACUUCUGCUGCUACCAAACAACUUCUGAAAAAAGAUGGGAAAUUUAUGUGCAGGUAUAUAGAAAGAAACUUUUGGAAUCUAUUUCUUCUUCUGUGGUAA